CGAAAAUACCUACAUAUUUUGCCACUUGCUCCGUAGUGGCCUGCAUUGACUUUUUAUUCAAUUUAAAACUGUUUAUUCACUCAAUUAGCAUCAUGUGACUGACUGCACGGCCUAAAAUAGACGCCCGUAUAAAUAAACACAACACGACCCCCACAUUUCAAAAGAAAGCCUGCAAAUUAGGAAAAUAACACAGUUUUUUUCAUACAUCGUAAACCAAUCGAUAGUAAUCGCGAAAAAUUAUAAAAUACAGUUGUAAACAGCUGUAAUAGUGUCGCAUAACUGUUUUGGAACAUUAAUAGCGCUUUAAAAACGCAGUGCUGUGUGUGAAACUUGUGUUUUUUGAUAUAAAAUAGUAGUUAAAGAAUUGUUUCUGUUAUUUUUACGUAAUAUAAAUUAAUAAGGAGUUGUUAUAAGUUGAGUGCGGAGAAAGCAUGCUCGCGUUGUUUUUCUGAAAAAACAAGCGCCGCGCAAAAUGCCGUGAAACGCAAACAUGGGACAGCGCCAUCUAUCGGGCGGCGGGCGAACCACGUAAGAUGCACUUAGCGCCACCUGUCGAGCGUUGAACGAGAUGCCACGCUUAAAAUAUGCGUCGGUCGCACGAGUCGUUGUCAUACUGGGCUUGUUCUGUCUGUGGCUGCAAAUCAUGCUGUCGGCUUCUACCGGGGGCAUGUAUAGGGAUGGAGAUAACAAUAAUUCUGAUACUAACAUGACAUUGGAUUCUGUACUAACGCAAUUGCCAUACAAAGAAGAGCUGAUGAAUGGGAACGACACUUCGGAGCAGGUACUCGCUCUGGUGCCUCCGGAGCUACACAAGUACCUCACGGUACAUCCCAGGAAUUCCACAGUGAACUCCACAGAGCGCAUAGCAACUAAGAAUAUAACAGAAAUCAGGCGAGCCAUCCAGAGGAACAAUGAGGCGCAGAUCAUUUACAAUGAAGAUAUAUUCGGACCAGUGCAGAACGACACCGUCAUCAUAGCUAUACAGGUUCACACUCGGCUAACGUACCUCCGUCACCUCAUAGUCUCGUUGGCUCAAGCGAAGGAGAUCGACAGAACUCUUCUCAUAUUCUCACACGAUUAUUAUGACGAGGAGAUUAAUAAUCUAGUGAGAAGCAUCGACUUUACUAAGGUAAUGCAGAUAUUCUACCCGUACUCGAUACAGACGCACCCGCACGAGUUCCCGGGCAUGGACCCCAACGACUGUCCCCGAGACACCAAGUUUGAACAGGCAGUUAAACUAGAAUGCAACAACGCGUUAUACCCGGACUUGCACGGGCACUACCGCGAGGCGAAGUACACGCAGACUAAACACCACUGGUGGUGGAAGGCCAAUAGGAUAUUCAACCAGCUGCAGUGCACUGCUGGACAUACAGGUUAUGUGCUCUUCUUAGAGGAAGAUCACUACGUAGCGGAAGACUUUCUGCACAUCCUCUCUCUGCUGAAGUCCACGGCAGACAAGAGCUGUCCUCAAUGUGAGAUACUGUCCCUGGGUACCUAUCUCAAGACCUACCAGUACCAUGUCAAUGGUGAUAAGAGGAAGAAGAACCUAAAUCUGAACUACAUCCAGCAAGUAAAGGCCGCCAACGAAGAGAGACGGAAGAAACGAACCGAAAACCUACCAACAUGGAACUUUCAAGUGUACCCCAACCUAUACUCGGCUACACAAAAGGUGGAAAUAACGCCGUGGCAUUCUAGUAUGCACAACAUGGGUUUUGCCUUCAAUAGAACGGUUUGGGGACACAUAAUGGCGCUGCAGAGUCAGUUCUGCGCGUACGAUGACUACAACUGGGACUAUUCGCUGUUACAUCUGUCACAGAACAUGCCAGGGAGGGAAAAGUUUAAGGUCAUCGUGUGUAAGGGGCCACGGGUGUUUCAUAUAGGAGAAUGCGGUUUCCACCACAAGAAAUCGAACUGCAACGCGUCGACAGUGAUCAGUAAAGUACAGAAGCUACUGCAGAACGCCAAGCCGUACCUGUUCCCGACGCGAGUCAGCGCGACCGUCACCGCCGGCGGCGCCAAGCAUAACAAGAAGCUCGUCAAGGGAAACGGCGGAUGGGGGGAUAUUAGAGAUCAAGAACUGUGUGCUAACAUGACUCGAAUAGGACGACAGCAGCGACCUAUCGCGUACUACGCAUAAUACUAUGUACACACACAUUCCAUAUGCUUUUAUAUAUAUACACACAUAUAUGUAUAUGUACAACUCUCCCGUAUAUCGCAUCGGCACCUAAACUAGGUACAUAGUUAAAAUCAUGAUCAGGGGCCCGAUU